CGUCGCAUCCGCGAGGCGCCACCGCGAGCCGCCGCCCCUCCCCCGUCGCGGGACUCACAGCCCGGCCUCUUUGUUUAAUUGGAGAUUUCAUUAGUUGAUUUACAAUUUCUUUGUUGUAUCCAGAUGCGGAUAAUUGAUCGCAAUUGCGAAAUUCCUCAUGAAGGACCUUUCUGUGAUCUGAUGUGGAGUGACCCGGAAGAGAUAGAGACAUGGGGUGUUAGUCCCCGUGGAGCAGGUUGGCUUUUUGGCUCACGGGUGACAACAGAGUUCAACCAUGUUAACAAUCUUGAGUUAGUUUGCCGGGCUCAUCAACUAGUCCAGGAAGGCCUAAAAUACAUGUUCCAAGACAAGGGUCUUGUAACUAUGUGGCAACGUUGCUUCUAUACUGAGCUUCGGCGAAAAUAUGGAAAGAGAGGUCAAGUUCUUCACGGAGACCGACGAGAACAACCAAAUGCGAGGGCCUAGGACCUCAGUCCCAUAUUUUCUUUGACCUCUUUUGUACAUUGUGUUUUGUGGUUUCUAUUUUUCGGGGGCUAAAGAUCAAUCCAAUAGGUGUGUUUAUUGUUGUAGCUUCAGCUCAUAGUGCAGUCUGAUUAUCUGAUGCAAUUGAUGUUGCAGGUUAAUUUAACCCGCUGUAAGAUAGAUUAUUGCGUGUGUAGCUGCCAUUGCCACUUGUUCUUUUUUCCCUUCAUCACCUAUCUGCCCCAAAGUUAAGUUCAAUCUGCUGGAAGCCUGGAACGUGUCAACACAUGGAGGAAGAGGAAGGGGAAACGAAAGAAUACUAGAAGCUGUCAACUAGCAUUGCCUUGUGCAGAUCAGAGUCUCCAAGGCAGGGCCAUUGUAUGAUUGUAUCUUUCUCAUCAUUCAACUCAGGAACGUUAGUUUAAACCAUUUUAAACCUAACUCUGUUGAUGUAGUUAAAUUUUGCGAUGAAUGGCGAACAUUCUGAGUUC